CGGGCGGCUCGCGGUGAUGACGUAAGCAGCGCGACGCAAAGGCGUCGGGGUCAGCGGGAUGGCGGCCGCCGCGGUUCUGACCCCGGCGCUGCGGGGCUCGUUGGGCCGGUACCGAGCGCUGAGGGGCCCUGCGGGUCGCUGUGGAAGGCGGCCUGUCCCCGCCCCGAGGCCCUGCAGCACGAGGCCGGCUCUGCACGGCGUCAACAAAGCCGUCAUCGAUCGCAUCAUCCGCGUGGACCACGCCGGGGAGUUCGGUGCCAACCGCAUCUAUGCCGGGCAGAUGGCCGUGCUGGGCAGGUCGGCAGCCGGGCCGCUCAUCCAGCAAAUGUGGAAUCAAGAAAAAGAACACCUGAAAAAGUUUAAUGAGUUAAUGGUUGCAUACAGAGUCCGACCUACUGUCUUAUUGCCUUUCUGGAAUGUAGCAGGCUUUGUUUUAGGGGCUGCAAGCUCUCUGCUUGGAAAGAAGGGUGCAAUGGCUUGCACAGUAGCAGUGGAAGAGAGCAUUUCAGACCACUAUAACAACCAGAUCCGAACUCUGAUGGAAGAAGAUCCAGAAAAGUACAAAGAACUGAUGCAGAUAAUAAAGCAAUGUCGGGAUGAUGAACUGGAGCACCAUGACGUUGGGCUUGAGCACGAUGCAGAGAGAGCACCGGCUUAUUCUGUAUUGAAGACGGUAAUACAGCUUGGAUGCAAAGCUGCAAUAUAUUUAUCAGAAAGAAUUUAGUGAUGUUUUCCAUAAUGCUUGCAGUAAUAAACUGUGAAACGAAAAUGUAUGGAAGACUAAGCUUAGUUUUUAUUCAGACUUUUAACAUUUUCUUAAUUGAGCAUGUUUUGACCACGUCUGCUUUUGUCACUUUGAGUACCUGCUCAAAAAAUCAACACUUGAGUCGUUUGGGCUGAAUGUGAACAAUGGCAGAAUUGGCAGAAACUGUUCACAAGGUGGCAGUAAAAUAUGUAUGUAUUGACAUACAGACUGUGGGUGUGUAUUACAUAGAUAUCUGCACACAUGAACACAGUACGUUUUCUAUUGCCUUCAAUUUUAUAUAUACUUGAAGUAAGUUGGAGCUUAUUAGCUCAUUUUAAAAUUGUCUGUAUUGAAUAAGUAGGAUAUUUUUAAAUUGCGUUUUCAGGGUAAGUAAAAUGAAGUGAGCACUUCUGUUCGCUCUGCCUCGAGCAGAGAUUGGUUAUUAUAAGAUUUUGUUUUAAGCUUUGCCAACUUAUUCAUUUAUUUUGUCUCAGUUCUUGAUUUUUUUUUGUCUUCCUUUGAUUCUGUUCUCUGUGUGCAGAGAAGUAAUGGCACUUAUGCAAGUCUGUUAUCUUGGUGAUUCCCAGUCAACUCUGGUCUGGCUCAGGCUGUGCUGCCUAAGGAAAAGGAGCCUGGUCAGACUGUUGUGCAAAGCAAUGAUGGUUCUGUGCAUUCAUCUGUGACCCUUCAAUCCCAGACACUGCCUGCAUGGCAGACGUGUGUAACCCUGCAGCAGCGUGCUCUGGCUGUGGUCAGCAUGUGUUGGUCACGAUGCCACAGCUGAGUGGGGCAAAGAUCCAGCCUGUGUCUGCAGUUGAUAUUAUGAUGCUGACAUACACUGAAUGGACGUUGUAGCACAAGUUAUGUAAAAUGGGGCUCAUAAGACUGUUUGGCAGAGAGCUAAAUCAUUGUCUGAGAUGAUAAAUAUUACUGGUACAAGACAAAUGUCAGACAUAAUGGGCUUGAGCUUUGUCUGGACUGAAUCUGUGUGGCUCACUUGAUUGGGGAGAUGGAUUGCAUCUGGUACAGCUUGUUGGCAUGUGUGUGGGGAGUUGUGAGCCAGUGCUGGGUAAUGGAAUCAGCAGGUCAUUGGAACAGGUUUGGUGGUAACAAAUCUCUAAAACUACAUUAGAAGGAAGAUUUUAGAAGAACAGAAAGAAUUUCUUAGCAGUGUGAUUGUGUUAAUCAAAGAUGAGUUUAUUCCAUAUUAAUAAAACAUCCAAUUACCAUGAA